UCAGGUAGGACGCCAUCUUGAUAUUUUCCAAGCAGAAAGCUUAGCCGAGCUCGCAGCAACAACUGCGGUGUAGCCCGAAAAGUUACCCUGUGUGUGGACAUCUUGGAUUUUGAGACAGAGACGAGGAUGGUUUUCGAAUUCGAGCGCUUUGAAGGGCUAAAAAAUAUCGGUGAUUUAAUUCGUGUCCAGAUCCUAGUUUGACGGUUGAGAUUUCGGGAUUCCGGGUCGUGUUGUUAGUGGUUGCGAUAUUUACGUCGGAUCCGGUUGUUUUCGGCAGUGAAAAGGUGCGCCGAUCCAAGUGUUCCAAUCGGAGAAGGGCAUACGGUUUCGGUAGUGAUAUUUUUUUUUGUGUCGCGGUGGCGAAUGUGUGUUGUUUUCUUCUGAUCUAGAAACUUAAAUUUCGAGCUGCGAAAAUCUGAAGAAUGCAAAUAGUGUGAAAGCCGACUGGUUCCACUAGGGUUGAUUUGGAAUCAGUGAAUUUGAUAUAGAUUUUUAAUGUGAAUCAAUAGAGUGAAAACAGCGUAAUUCAAACAUUUAAUCCAUCUAACAGUGCCGAGCUAAAGAAUCGAAAAUGACGCGCAUAACGGAAACCAAGUCCGUUAAGGUGGACAAUUGGGGAGUGUUUUUCCUGCAGAAGUUGCAAAACUUCUUCAACAAGACCGACCACUGCGAUCUGACGUUGCAGUUCAACGACAACUCCCAGCUGAAAGUCCAUCGGCUGGUGCUGAGUGCUUGCACCGACUACUUCAACAUGCUGGAAAGUACCUGUGAAAUGUACGACGAUGUGUUGAUCAUGCCGCUGGAUCUGCAGGCGGACGUCAUUGUUCCGAUCGUGAACUUUAUGUACACGGGAACGUUGGAGUUUCAGUACAACAUGUACGAAAAGCUGCUGAAGACGGCCCGUGAUAUGAACAUGACCGUGCUGUUGAAGCUGUUGGAAGCACACAAGCAAACUACCAGGAUGGUCCAAGGCGGAAGACAGCCAGUGGUGUUGAACAAGCAAGCUCCAACUCCCAGACCUCGAACGAAUGCGCAAAGUGGUGUGACAUAUCAGAUGCCAGCCUCCGUUGCGAGAAGCUAUGGAUCGGUGAAACAAAUUGCCCAGUCCAGGCCUGUGCAGAGGCUUGGGCAAGUAUCGAAAACUACGAUCGCUCCCUUAUCGACUGGGUAUGCGACGAACAAGAGCAUGAGUAUCCCGGAACCACGCACUUUAGUCCAAAAAUACGGAGCUGGAAAGGAAAGCCAACCUGGUCCGUCUAGGUUUGAAGAAACUGGUAUCCAGGAUACACUGGAGGGAUCAUUCGAUGACAUUUCUUAUGAGAGUAAGCCGUUGGUCACGGCCGAUCAAAUCAAAAAGGAAGAGGAGACGUCUCCCUUCGAAAAACUGCGGAAAGGUUACACAAAUGUGAAUCUGGCGAAACGGCCUGCGCCAACCAGUUUCUCUACACCAGCAGCGAAGAAGCCCAAUUUAGAUGAGGUUAAAGAAUUUACGGAAGCUGCUAGGUUGAGAAGUCAGAUAGCAGCCGAAGAUGAUGAUUCGCCUGGUUUUGCUGAUGACACUCAUUUCGAUGAUGACGACGAUGAUGGAGAACAACAAACUCAGCAACUCCCGACGAAAGCCAGUCCUCACACAUCGAGGCAAAUCAUCAUCAAGCAAGAGCAAAAAUCUUCGCCUGGUUCUUCUGGAUCUGUUAAGCAAAUUACCGUCAAAGAUGAAUCCGGAAAUGUCGACCACGCAAAGAUCAUCAGCGAAGUGUUGAAGAAGUACCCGCAUUUGGUAAAGAAAAACAAGAACAUCAAACUCAAAAUCAUGCAAAAAACGUCUACUGCACAAUCCACUUCCGGUGGUCAAGGCCAAUCAGCUACAGCCGGUCCAUUGAAAAUGGAAGUUCGCACAGCAACGCCCUUGAAGACGGACAUUUCCAUGGUUCGCAAAGCAACGGAAGUCGCACGUGCUCCGGCACCCAAUGCCACCUCCACACCGGCUCCGAAGAAAAUCGAUUCUAAAACCAUGCACGCCCUGAUUGCAAAGGGAGCCGAGAACAUGACCGGCCCCUGGCUGUGUUUACGUUGCGGCAUCGAUGGGCGCCCCAUCAGUAUUCCCAGCUACAAAGCCUUCCGCAACCAUUUGAUCGUUAAACAUAAAGAGAAAAUUGACGCUCGCAUUUGCGAACACUGCGGCUGGAAAGCUGAGCAACGGAAUCCUCAUCUGUUCUAUCAUUGGUUGACGGAACACAACAUCAAGUCAACUAUCAAGUUCCCUGUUUGCUCGGAAUGUGGUCACGUCGCAAUGAAUGCUCCUGCCUUGCAGAAACACGAAGAAGAAAAUCACCAGCGGGGUGAUUUGCAACAGUGCAUCUACUGUAACAAAGUGUUCGCCAAGGAAAUGGAUCUGUACGAACACAUGAAGAGCCUGCACAAGCAGAGGGCUCGAGAUGAUGGUGUCAUUGAUUUCUCGGACGACGAAUAUCACGUCGAAGAGGAGGAAGAGGAGGAGGAGGAAGAUACAACCGCCACUCCAAAUACGAGCCAAGAAAAGCAAAUCAAGGUGUUGUCCAACAUAAGCAUUACGAAUAACAGAGGAAUUCCGUUUGUUAUCGACCACAGCCAAGCGCAAACGGUUUCCCAAAUCGGAGGCAAAUCACAAAUCCAGCUGCAACAGAUUACCCUGGAACCGUCGUCGGAAGCAGAAGCACUCAGUAAUGUGGCAUCCGGCAUAGCCACCAGUUUAGGUUUGGUGGACAGUGCUAGCGUCGUUAUCGAGGAUCACAACUUCCCAGGCCAAUACAUCGAACAUCAGAUGGCGACGGUGCAUGGCGAAACGGGAACGACUACCACAGUGACGGCUACCGGGCCGGAUCAGCUGACCAAGUUGAUUACGGAGGACGGUACGGAGUUGCAGUUGACGCAAAGCCAGAAGGAGGAGAUUUUCUCACAGUUGCAGAAUAGCGGAAACGGUGGCAACGUGGUGAUGGUACUGAACGAUGAGAACUUCAUCAGCGGUACCGGGCUUCACCUGGAAGAUGGUACACAGUUGAUCUCGUCCGCCGCAUCCACCGGUCAUAACUCGAACAUUGUUGUUAUGUACACUCAAGCCGAACCGGAUCAUACCACUCACAGUACAGUCACAACUACAGCACCAGUGACAACGACAGUAGCUUCAACCGUCACCAGUGAGAACAUGGAACAUCACGAAGAAGUCGAAGCAGCGGAAGAAGGAGCAUCCAAAGGCACUGCUGCAGUCGCUACUGAAGAUGAGACAUCGCAAGCAUCGACGCAACCCUCGGAGAAGGCCAGUGAGAAGGAUUCAGAAAACCAGCAAAUGGAAGUUGAUGCCGAGAACAGUCAACACGAUGCUGAUUUGAGUGAAUCGGCUGAUGCUGAAGAUUCGAAGCAUGAAGAAGAGGAGGAGGAGAAGGCUGCCAAGGAGCGGGAAAAAUUGAAACUAAUAUCUGAGUUGGAAGGCGAUUGGUCCGAGGAUACAGAAGAACACCCCGUUGCUACAGAGCAGAAGGAAGAGGCGAAAGAGCCGGCAAGUAAAUCAGUGGAGCAAGAGCCAGAAAAACAAACCGAACAAGAGAUAGAAAAGGAGCCAAUCAGUGACAAAUCGAAGACUGCUGCUGCAGCAGCAGAGAAACCCAGCAAAGCUAACGAAAAAGAAAUAAGUCAACUGUUGGACGAUUGGAACAGUGAGACAAAGUUGACCGAAAACGAUUCCGAUGCUGACCUGGAGAAGAAGUUAGAGAAAGUUGUCGGUGAAAAGCAUGCAGAACAUAAAGAUGAAAAUAAGGAAGAAAAGGAAACGGAAAUGCCCAUGGAAACAUCAGCAGCUGAUAACACAGCUGACAGCGUGGAUAGCAGUAUGAACGAAAACGAUACUCAUGUAGUGGUGUUGGCUGCCGAAAGUGAAACGGAGACUUCGAUGAAGGAAGACGACGCUGACAAUAGUCAGGAGGAGAAACCAGCAGAAAAACAGAAAAAACUUGAACCCGAAAGUAAAAACGACACCACUGAGGAAGAUCAGGAUGAUCCGAAGGAGGAUGAAGAGGACAAAGCUAAAUCGAAGGAAGUGGUGAGCUCGUUGCUUGGAGAUUGGGACGAAGACGAUGAUCUGUAGAGAGUUGUUAUAUUCUUAUAGCAUAACAAUAAUAUCAUGUGACUUUUUAGAAAAGAUACGAUGUGCUAAUAUUAACAGUAGCAUUCAAAGUUUAAAAUGAACGGUAAUAGCAUUACACUGUUACUAAUUUUAUAGAUCAAGUUUUAUAUUUAAUAUAUUACGUGAAAUUGUCUUAUUUUUCUCAUAUUAGAAAUAUUUUGUACUAACUACUGCACUGUUCACUCCAUACAUAGCAAUUUAUGCCUUUGAUACUUCAAAGAAUAGAUACAAAUCGAAAGAAGCAUGAUUCUUUCUAAAUUUUUCUAUUCUUACAAAACUAUCGAAUCGGAUGUCCGUCAGCUGUGGAUUGCCUGUCCGAUUGGUGAAUUGUGGCUGCUAAACAUCGCAUAAAAUGCCAUCUACGGAUUGAACAUCAAAUCUCAUUAUUGGUUCGUGUCUUUGAUUUGUGAUACGUUUACAGAAUCCGUUUGCCAACGAAGAACAAUUUCAUGUCAGAGUCGAUGCUAAUAAUAGCCACGAAGCCAGAACUACCAAUCGAACUGUCAGCCUAUUGCAGUCAUUACUAAAGAUACUUGAAUCAAUUAUUAUAAAAAAUUUUUGCUGGAUAUUUAGUGCAUGUUGUCCUUGCGAAGUUAUAGCAAGCAUUUAGUUGAUAUUAUUUCAGGUCGCCUAAAUAGUAUUAUCUUCCUGAAUCUUUGUCAUCGACAUGAUAUCUGUUUUCUUCAUAAUCAAUGUCACUCGAUGCUAACGCAAAACAUGUGGUUGCCGCUAACACUGGUGAAAAGCGAAGACAACAAAUCGUCUGAGGAUGUAAUAUUUGCUAUAAAGUUCGUUCGAAGCAUUUACCUUUGAGCGGCAGAUGACGCGAUUGUACCUGUAUCAGCGUUCGUAUGAGAAAAUGGCAGAGUUGCCAGUCUUCUUGAUUUGUUGUCUUCGUGAAAAGUCAAUGCUGCUUGUUUGAAACAUUUUAUUUUUACGGGAUUCUAACAUCGACUCUGAUGCCUUCUACGGAAUAGUUCUUUGCUUUCAACUGGAUUUUCAUGAUUUCAUAAAAUUUCUCUCGUAAAAAAAAUGGUUUUCAGACAAAUUUGGCUUGAUUGAAAUGAAAUUAUAGUCUAUUUUUUCCUUUAAUUUAAGUGUCCCUGAAAGUACUAAACUUUAGACGUCACUGUCGUUAGAGCAUAAGCGAAUAUAAAAUGGACCAUACUGUGAAUUGGUUAACGUUUUAGUUGUUUAAGAGAUGUUUCUUGUAAGCAGUUUAGUAUAGAAAGAUGAUGUAAAAAAUAUAAACUGUC